CAAUGACAUCUUUGGCUACUUUGACUCAUCCAAGCUCCGCAAGGAAUCAACACCCGACCAGUACGUAGAUUCCAUGGUCUCAAAUCUAAAACAACAAUUAGAGAGAAUAAAUUCUUUGGGCGCUCGAAAAUUUGUAGUUGUUGGGACUGCGCCAGUUGGAUGCUGCCCAGCACAAAGGAUUUCAAAUGACGGAGAGUGCAACGAAGAUGCGAACUCCAUGUCUAUCCGCUACAACGACGGCCUUAAGUCGAUGUUACAGCAGUCGGAAGCGGCAUUGCACAUAAAAUACACCUUCUUUGAGACAUACGGUGUUUUCUCGGACCUCAUUCAGAACGGCUCUUCUUACGGAUUUACGGAGACCGAAGCUGCAUGCUGUGGUUUUGGAAAGCUUAACGCCGACUCUUUUUGCCUGCCGAUUUCGUCUUUGUGCUCCAACAGAACGGACCAUGUCUUCUGGGACAAAUUCCAUCCUACAGAGGCAACGCAUAGUAUCUUGGUGGACAAACUUUUUGAUGGUCCUUCACAAUACACAUUCCCAACGAAUGUGAAGGAGUUAAUUGCUCUAUAAAAGCUCAAGGAAGCAGACUCCAAUCACGUUUUCAUAUGCAAUAGAAAAUUCCACAUGUAACUUUAUAGCAUAUUUAUAGAAUACAUACAGAUGUAGUUCUUAGGCUAAAUGCAUGUGUAUAAAAAGAACAGAGAAUGAAUGAUGUUUA